AUGCUGGAAAGUAACGAGCGCUUUUAUCCCGGUCAGGAUGACAAUGAUGAAGAGGACGGAACCGAGGAUGAGGAGCGAGUUGGAAAAACCCGAAAAGGGGAAGACGGACGGGAUGUCCGGAACGGACGGUUAGAAGACUGGAAGGCAAUGACGGGAGGGCGGCGCUCCUUGGAAGGCAAAGUCGGCGACCUGGCCGUCGUGGUAGGAGGGCAGAGAGUGGACCGCCUCGCUAGGCCGGGAAACCGGGUGCUGGCUUAUACAUCCGAUCAUCAACCGCCCAAUAAAGCGGGAUUAAAAGCGGUGCACAAGAGAAGAGCGCUGAUGGAGAGAAGCAUGACCACCAUGGCCCCGAUGGAGGACGCCUUUCUGACCACGAUGGUGUUUCGUGUUGGGAUUCCUGAUAUCAAACAAACAAAGUGCGUCCAGUUUGACCAAGACUGCACGGUGUGGAACGCCAAGCAGCAAAUCAUCUGCUCGCUCAGCGAGACCCUGUGGGACGUCUACAACUAUGGCCUCUUCCAGCCGGCCGGAGAAGGUCGCGACGCCAAAUUCUUGGAGGAGGAAAGGACUUUGCGAGAAUACUCGCAUUCCUUUGAGAAAGGUGUUCCUUACCUGGAGUUCCGAUACAAAACCCGAGUGUACAAACAAACAAAUCUGGACGAAAAGGCUCUUUCCAAACUCUGCACCAAGGCUAAUCUGAAGAAAUUCAUGGAUUACGUUCAGACUGGAGCGCAGGAAAAAAUGGUCAAACUCCUCGAUAAAGGCCUCGAUCCAAAUUUUCACGACCCGGAGAGCGGAGAAACCCCGUUAACUGUAGCCGCUCAGUCAGGACUAGCAGCGGAAGGCCUCAAAGCUCUGGUUCAAGGCGGAGCCCAUUUGGACUUUCGAAGCCGAGAUGGCCUGACUGCUUUGCACAAAGCAGUCCGGCUUCACAAUCACAGCGGCCUGUUGGCUCUGCUGUCGCUGGGAUGCUCGCCAAACUACAAAGACCGCAGUGGCCUGACCCCGCUGUACCACAGCGUGCUAACAGGGGGCGACACCUCCUGCUGCGAGACGCUGCUUUAUUACGGAGCCAAGCUGGGGACCAGGGAUGAGAACGGAUGGGAUGAGGCGCAUCAGCAUAGAGACGAAGAGGAGUUUGGAAUGGAAGAAAUACAUAAGGCUUGCCAGAAUGGUUUCGCUCAACAUUUGGAGCAUCUGCUGUUUUACGGAGCGGACGCAUCCUCUCGGAACGCCUCGGGGAAUACCGCACUUCACAUUUCGGCCCUGUACAACAAAGAAAGCUGUGUUCGGGUUCUUUUGUACAGGGGGGCAAACAGGGAAGCAAAAAACAAACAUGGUCAGACACCUUUUCAGCUGGCUGUCAUGUCGGGUCACUUUGAACUUGGGGAAAUAAUUAAAAAUCACCAAGAUUCAGAUAUAGUUCCUUUUUUGGAGUCGCCAAAAUACGUCCCCAAGAGAAGAGAAAGCGUCCAUACUCUGCCUCUUCCUUCACUCCAUCCUCACCCGUUACUCCGGGCUAACAGUGACAACACCAUGACAAAUUCUGAUCCAGUGGCGCUUCCUAACAAGGCUGCAACAUCUCCCAACCCGUCUCAGGGCCAGCGCAGGUCCUCGGUGGGCUUCCGCAGCUCCAGUAGCCCUCGCAACCGCACCCGUUCUCCGUCACGAGGAAGAGGAGGCCAGAGCGACACGGAGGAGCGGCACCGGCAGCCGCGAGGCAGGCAGGGGGCGACCCCUUCGGGUGGCGGGGGAGGUCAAAUGAAGCGAAUGUACAGCGCAGUGCCGGGGAGAGUGUACGUGGUCACGAGGGCGCACGUUGCCAGUGGAGAGAGGCAGCUGUCACUCAACAAAGGGGACAAAGUUAAAGUACUAAGUGUGGGAGAAGGAGGCUACUGGGAAGGAACGGUGAAAGGUCGCACUGGUUGGUUCCCCGCUGACUGCGUGGAGGAAGUGGCACCUCCCAGCAAGGACAAUCGACCAGAGACGCGGACCGGAAAAUCCAAGAGGAAGCUUUUCCGGAACGUCACCGUCGGCGCCUAUGACAGCAACGACGGUCCCAGUGACUACAUCAUUAAGGAGAAGACAGCACUCCUACAAAAGAAAGACAACGAGGGAUUUGGCUUUGUGCUUCGAGGAGCCAAAGCUCAGACUCCCAUAGAGGAAUUCACUCCCACGCCAGCGUUUCCAGCGCUGCAGUACCUGGAAUCUGUCGAUGAGGGGGGCGUGGCUUGGAGGGCCGGCCUACGGAUGGGGGAUUUCCUCAUCGAGGUGAACGGCCAGAAUGUGGUGAAGGUAGGACACCGACAGGUUGUCAACACCAUCCGUCAAGGCGGCAACAGUCUAAUGGUCAAAGUCGUCAUGGUUGCCAGAAACCCUGAGUUGGAAGAUACGGCUCGUAAAAAAGCCCCUCAGCAGACAAAAAGGUUGACUCCUCCUGCCAUUGCUCUGCGCUCCAAGUCAAUGACAUCAGAGCUGGAAGACAUGGUGGACAAAGCUGCCUCUCCAUGGAAAAAGAAAGCAGACUACGAUUCCUCUCAGGGUCCUGAUAAGAAGAGGACAGUCUAUCAGAUGGCACUGAAUAAACUGGAUGAAAUCUUGGCCGCAGCCCAGCACAGCAUUACAUCAGACAACCAAGGCCAGAGAGGUCAUGGAGGCAAGAGGGACCGGAGCAAGAGUAUUGUUCCCAAUGUUUCCAAUGAGUCGACGUACGAACUGCAGUCCACGGCAAAUCCCAGACCUGGUUUUACUUACAACCAAGCCCACAUUCAACCAGCACAGCAUGCAGUCAUGAUGCGUCAAAAAUCCAUUGGUAUAACUGAGGAGGAGCGGCAGUACCUUCACCCACCGGCCAUGAAGCUAGCACGUAGCUUGUCCAUGCCAGGACCAGAAGAAAUCCCGCCACCCCCGAAUACUUCUGCACCUGAACCACCGCUAUCCGCUGGCCCUCAUCCAGGAAGGGGGCCAGCCAUGCCCAUUCCCCCUGUAUCGCAAGCCCACUUCCAGCUCCAAUCAGGCCAUCCCAAUCAAUCAGGUUGGGAAAGAGGAGGUGGGAUGAACCAGCAAGUCAUGGUCUCUACGCUCCGAAGACAAUCAGAAGGAAUUUGUGCCAGGGAGCAAGAGGCACCUAGGCGAGGGGGUGGCAAGAUGGGAGGGUUACGAAGAGGCUACAGCAGUGCUACACCACCAACAAGUGCAAAACCAAAAACCCAACAAAAUGUGCCUCAUCAUCCACAUAUAACCACUCGAGAGCAAAGCGGAGGCACCGGCAGGGGCGCAGCCCGGAGGGGAGGUCGGGGCGCGCUGACUAAACAGUCGAAAGUUGAGGAAGGACUGCGACAGCAUCGAGGGAAAGGUGGUGCAGCCAAAGAGAAGACCUCCAUCCCCAUCCCAACCAUCAUCAUCAAAGCACCCUCCACCAGCAGCAGUGGUCGAAGCAGCCAGGGUAGUAGCAUGGAGGCCGAAGUGCCACAGGAUGGAGAGGACCAAACCUCUGCUCAACCAUCUCUGGAAAGCCCUAAUUCCCCCCUACCUUCACCUCUCACCUCAACUCCACCUCAACCGCCGACAUCCACCUCCUUGCCUCAAUCAGUUGCCGCUCCUCCGGUUUCUUUGAAGCAAAACCUGGAGAACGUAGACUACUCCUCAACAUUUGGUACAACUUUUGGAGGAGGAGGAGGGGCACGUAGGGAGAGGGAACGUUUCCGUGACAUGAGGAGAAAGAGCGCUUCGUUUUUCCUUUCAACUGAAGAGGACAUCCAGGGUGAGGCAGGUGGAGGAGUAGGGGAGGGAGGUGAAGCACUAAAUGCGAGAAUUCAGCCAUUACAGAACUCACAAAUGGAAGUACCAACUCCUCGACUGCGGCCCUCCAAGUCCAUAGACGAGGGCAUGUUUUCUGGAGACAAUUAUGUCCACUAUUCCAGCAGCAUGCCUCCAGCCUUUGGCCUCCCUGAGUACUCGUCUCCUGUCCUCAGUCAGGACGGUCAACCCAAGUCAGCACCGUCAAUGUAUGGCUCGCAGCCAGCGACAACUUUCAUCCACCCACUCACAGGUAAGGUUCUAGAUCCCUCAUCUCCACUAGGACUUGCCCUUGCUGCUAGGGAGAGAGCCCUCAAGGAUGACCGCAGAACUCGACGAGAGGAGAGACACUUUGGCCGACAGCUGUCCACUGUGGGAGCCUUUACUACCCCUACCCAGACCCCAACACCGUCUCUUUUUGCGACCCCAACACAAUCAACUUACACAUCACCGGUUUCCCUUCACCUUACCUCUCCUACCGCUACCACCUCACCCGCAUCUCAAAGUCGGCCUCAGUCUCCAAGGAUCCUACGCAUGGGGGGUGGAGGGGAUAGGAUGGAGCGAGACAAGGAUGUAGGACAUAGAGAAGGUCUUAGAGUUCGUUUCUCAGAAGACAGAGACAGCCAAUAUUCAAGCCACUAUUACCCCAGGGAGAGAGAAAAGGAGGCUCAUGAUGGCAGGCCCGUACAACCACCGCCACCCCCAACUCAGCCCGCUCCCCGCAGGCCUUCCUUUCUGCAAAUGGAAAGCACUCCGAACACCAGCUACAUCCCACAGUACACGCUCCCUACAUCACCUGAUGCGACGGUAGAAGCGAAAGCAGAAAAUCUGGGAAUGAUGGUUCUUCCCCCACCAGCUCCCUCAAUAGAUGUAGAUGAGGAGUUUGUUUUUGCUGACCCUUUGCCACCACCGUUACAGUUUGCCAAUGGUAAGAAUGAAAGGGUGAGAGACUACCACCAGCAUGACCAACAUGUGAAUCAACGAUCCACUGCUGCUCCGCCACCGCCUCCUUUACCAUCUCCAAAGACUCCAAAUGUUCCUCAAACCUCCUCACAGGGUGGCGACUCCGCCACAUCUAGCCUUACCUCCUACGACAGCGAGGUGGCAACCCUGACGCAGUCCGCUCUCUCGCCAUCCUUACCAUCUCCUGCUCUCCCUGCCACAAACCUACACAGACCCCAACCCAUGUCCCAUUCGCAUUCCUAUUACAGUGCCUCCAAUGACCCACUGGGAGACCGCGAUGCCACAGCUCACGACAGAGGCACAGCCGCCCUCACCACGACCAUGACUUAUGCCACCCCUACUAUGACAGCCAGCGCGGCCGCCACAACCACCACGACUUCUACGGCUUCCGACUACAGCACGACUGUGGGAGGAACCAAGCCAGGAUCUUUUAGCACAGGGGGCAGGGUUCCGAACCACAUUAACCAUCCCGCUAAUGUACCUAAGAGUGGAGAAUGGCAAGAUCCUGUGGUGGAUUCUGGCAUUGAGGAGCUGGACAGUCACAGCAGCAGUGACCAUCACAUCGAAAUGUUGGGAUUGAGUGGGCUAAGAGGAGAUAAGAUUGGCAUUGGAGGAGAUGGCUCUUGCGGUGAGGCUCGAAAAGGAGCCACACACCACGACCCUUCUUCAGCUUACACGGGCGGGCAAAUGUUUAAUGUACAGAAUGUCAAAUUGGCAAACCCUGGAUUUCCAAAGAUGACGCAUCAUAAGGAGGGGCCAGGUAGGGUCCUGCCUGUUGCACUAAGAAGGCAAAACAGCACACACCCUGCCCCUUUACAACUGCAUAGACAAAGCAUCACAGACAACAUCAGGUUAGAUGGAGCCCUACCUGAUGAAAGAAAAAUUUUGCCAAGUAGACCCAAAAUGGAGGACGACUUCAGCGCUACAUUGGCGGCCUGCUUAGACAGGCCUGUUGAAGCUCGGCCAACAGGCUGGGGGGAAGUCGGGGAGCAAGAGCAGCUCCAGAGAGCUUUGGAUGCACGCAGGAUUCACUCACCCCUCUCUGGUGUAAAGGCCAGCAUCAUCAAUGAGCUGAGCUCCAAGCUUCACCAAAUGAGUAGCAUGAGGAGCAUGGACGACUGGAGCCAAGCCCCAAAAUCACCCACCAUGCACAGGUAUUCCGCAGAUUUUACCGACGCUUUCCACAGCCCUCCUACCGGCCGCUCCACUUCACCUUUACCCACUUCCUCUCCUCAUCACCAUCAAGUACUCCCACCCAGUCUCUCGGCCACUCCCUCCGUAUCCCAUUCCCCGCAGGUACCGCAACAACGCAAUUGGACCCGUUCCCCUUCCCCACAGAUGCCUACCUCCCCGGUCCACUCACAUCCGCCCCACUCACCGACCUACUGCCCGUACCCGACGUCGCCUAAGCAUCGUUCCAAAAUGCGGCGACAGACUUUCGAUUUCCAGUGCAGUCCUACCAAGGAGAUGCGAUCAGCUGUUUCCCGACGCCGUGCCCCAAGUCCCCUCAUUUAUAACACCGAACAGCCCAACUCCACCCCUCCGCGACCGUCGUCCUUACCUAUCCUUCCUAGUACACCAGUUUACAGUAACCCCUUUGAAUUCCCAGGACCCCUCAUCCCUCCAUCUCCCGGCCUACCUCUCGGAGACACCUACACGGCCUCAACACCUCCACUUUUCUCCCCAUCCAACGCACCCAGUCCUAACCCCUUACUAGUUUCGCGCUCUCUCUCUCCUACUCAUUAUCUUUCUGGGGCCUCCUCCCCAUUGCACUUACCCCCAAGCCCGUCCUGUCUUAACUUCCCUCAUUUUACCCCUCCCCCGCCAUCCAAACCCUUCGCUCUCAAACCGCUCCCCUACUGGACCAAGUACGACGUAGCCGACUGGUUAGCUUACCUGAACCUGGGGGAACACAUAGAGCGUUUUAUCGAUAACGAAAUAGAUGGAUCUCAUUUGCCUUCGCUUACCAAGGACGACUUCUUGGACCUGGGGGUGAGUCGUGUGGGACAUCGAAUGAACAUCGAGAGGGCGCUGAAGAAACUCACUGACAGGUGA